AUCAAAUCGGCCACUAUGCGCUACUUACCCUCAAGCUACCAUCGGCCUUUACUGCCAAAUGGCCAAUAUCCUCCCAUUGAUUGGCAACUAUAUGGCUAUAUGGGUGCGUGUUGCUGGCCACCAGCCAUAAACAUUUCGAAAUGGCGUUAUAUCGUAGAUGCAGUUAUGAUAAUGUGCCAAUUUAUAUCCGAGUGUUCGGUGCUGUUUGGUGAAAUGCAACUCAUGUGUGCAAGCCUCGAUGAUAUCAGUUUUGUAUGUGCUAUAUUGGCACCAUUUUUAAUACUUUUCGAAAUGAUGUUACGCGCCUAUAACAUAAUUUACAAGCGUGCCAGCUUUAGAGUGCAUCUAGAAGAAUUCUACAAGAAGAUCUACAUUGAACGUUCUUGGAACCCCGAACUCUUUGAGCAGAUACGCCGCCAGCAGCUACCUACAAAAUAUUCCACAUCGACAUACAUUAUCACACUUGUGACCUACUUUUAUGUACCAAUUAUGGGUUUGAUACAUCAACAACGCUUGCUACCCUUUCCGGUCAUUUAUAAAUAUGAUUAUAAAGCUACCUUUGCGGGCUAUCUUUUAUUUCUCGCCAUGGCAUUGUGGACUGGCUUUGCGGUUGUAGGACCUUUGAUAGCCGAGGCCAAUAUGCUGGCCAUGCAGAUUUUACAUUUGAAUGCACGUUAUACAUUGUUGUUGCGGGAUUUGCGCAAAAUUGCUCAAAAUGCUAUAGAGUGGCACGCCAUGCACAAGGGAGAGGGGGACAAUGUUUCGGUGACCAGCCGUUUUCGCUAUGGGUUAAUUGACGUCGUACGCCGGAAUGUGGAAUUGAAUAAAUUCGCCGAGUCGCUGCAGGAGCAAUACUCCUUUCGUGUUUUUGUAAUGAUGGCUUUGAGCGCAACGCUGUUGUGCGUAUUGGGCUUUCUGACAGCAACGAUUGGAUUGUCGACGGAUAAUAUCAGGUUUGUUACCUGGAUAAUUGGCAAGGUGAUCGAAUUGCUAAUCUUUGGGCGUUUGGGCACAACGCUGUCUACGACGACAAAUGAGCUGAGCACAUCUUAUUACUCUUGCGGUUGGGAGGAUGUCAUACUGCACUCCACGGACGCUGUCGAAAAUGCAAAGUUAAUGAAGCUUAUGGCACUGGCAAUACAUUUGAAUAGCAAUCCAUUUCGAUUGAGUGGUCUCGCCUUCUUCUAUGUUAACUAUGAGGUGGUGGUGUCGAUUCUAAGAGGCGCGGGUUCUUACUUUACUGUUAUUUACGCCUACCGUUAA